CCGGCGGAGGGAGGAAGGAGAUGGCCAUGACAGCCAAUGCCAUGCCAGCCAAUGGCUCCAGUGGGACGCAUGAUGCUCUGCCGGACAACGGCUUUGCCGGCGCCGAUGAUCUCGUUUCCGACUGGUACAUCUACGAAACCAUGGAGCCGGCCGUGUCGCAGGAUGACAUGUUUCCCAGUGCAAUCCCAGACUGCCACCCCACCGUUUCUCCCAGGCUGUACCACACCUGCAUGGCACCCAUCUCCCUGGCCGUGCUUGUGGGCUUGUCCUUACUGGUGAAACGCAGACGUCUCCACCGGAGCUGCUGGAACGGCGUCCCAGGACUGCUCAGCCCAGUCAACUUUCUGGAGGAGGAAGGCAACCGCGGGCUGGUGGCUGCGGUGUUCGGUAUCCUAUUCUCCUCCCUCUGCGUGCUAGUCCUGGACAAGGACCCUCUGCCGUUCAUCGCCCACUCCUCCCAGAGCACCCGGGAGUACUGGAAGAUCUUGGCGUUGCUCUACUACCCUGCUUUCUACUACCCCUUGAUCGCCUGUGCCACCGUCCGACACAGGGUCAGCUACCUUCUGGGCUGCCUGCUCUCCUGGUGCCACUGCGUGGUCCACAUCUGGCAGAAGGUGGAUUGUCCCCAGUCGCCAAAGAUAUACAGAUACUACUCCACGCUCUCUUAUGUCCCCAUUAUCCUCUGCCUUGUGCUCUUAAGCCUUUGGUAUCCAGCCUUGCUCAUCAGGAGCUUCAUCGGGCAGGAGGAGACCUUGGAGAAGGAGGUGACGGGACGAGGUUAUUACAAGAGGUACCUCAAGGCCAUCCUCUCCAAACGCCCUGGGAAGGGGAGCUCCACGAAGAUAGAAGAGAACCUCCUAGGAAGGAUCAGGACGUAUUUACGCUCCUACAUCUACGCUCCAGAGGAAGGUUUCCGGAUCCCGCUGAAGCUCAUCCUGUCCCUAACCACGGCCGUCAUCGCCGUCUACCAGGUGGCCCUGCUGCUCCUGGUAGCUGUUGUCCCCACCAUCCAGAUCGUACGGGCAGGAAUGACGAAGGACAUCGUGGUGCUGUUAGUCCAGUUUGGCUUGGUGCCCUCGGAGAACCCGGCUGUCCCGGGUGACAUGGAGAAGGAGCUCAACACAGUCAAGUACUACCUGUGGUCGCUGGAAGUCUGCUACGUCUGCUCGCUGGUGCUGUGCUGCCUGCUGACCUGCGCCAUGCUGCUGAGGACGCUGGUGAUGCACAGGAACAACCUGAAGGCUCUCUACCAAGGGGCUGUGCUGGAUGUUUUCUACAAAGCCCAUAUCCUCCGCCCAUCCCGACAAGCCAUCGUUUGCUGGAUGGGUUUUGCCAGCUUCCAGACAGCUUUUGCCUGCCUGGGUCUCCUCAUCCAACAAGUGAUUUUCUUCAUCUGCUCGGUGGCGUUUACCUUCCUCUUCGUCAUCCCGCUCCAAUCCGGCACGAACACCUACCUCUUCAAAAUCAUUCAGAACAUGUGGCCCUUCUGGUUGACCCUGGUUGUUGCUGUCAUUGUGCAAAAUUUGGUGGCUCGCUACCAAUUCCUGGAGCAGCAUCCCCUCCGGAAGGAGCUCACCAACAGGCGAGCUCUCUACAUAGUCACCUACCUGCUCUUCCCCAUCAAUGUCCUGGUGGGUGUCCUGGCUGGUGUGUGGAGGAUGGUCAUUUCUGGCCUUUAUAACGCUGUCCACUUCUGCCAGCUGGACAUCAGCCUGCUAAACCGUGGUGUGGAGACCUUCGACCCAGGCAUCCAGCUGAUGCAGCCCAAGAAGGUCCCGCCGAGCAGAGCCAGGUUCAAGCAGAGCCGAGCCCGCUGGUGGCUGGCCUACACCCUCCUCAACAACCCCUCACUGAUGGCUUGCCGGAAAACCGCCCUCUCUGACCCCACCACCAAUGGCACCCAGCUCAGCCCCCUCAAGCCCUGA